UUCAACUACCUUUCAAAACUCAAUUUAUCGGAUCGAAGAGAUAGAGUGAUCCUCUGUCAGCGUCUUUGGCCACCUCUCUUUGUGAAGCAUUUUUAGCUCAUGGCUUCAACAAUUGUUAACGUGGGACCCAUCCAGGGUCUGGAUUACGUUGGUCUCAGACCCGCCAAACCUCUGAAACUCAAUUCGGGUCGGAUCCAAAUCAAGACCACCCGCCCACAGCGCCUUUUCACCAUAAGAGCCAGCGACGGCGAUGGAUCGAUCGGGAAGACCCGGCUCCGCGACGCCGAGUGCGAGGCUGCCGUUGUCGCAGGAAACCCGCCGCAAGCGCCGCCGGUGCCGCCUAAGGCCGCCGCCCCAGCUGGAACUCCAGUAGUGUCUUCGCUUCCGAUCAGUCGGAGACCUCGCCGGAACCGAAGGUCGCCGUCGCUGAGAGCUGCGUUUCAGGAAACAAGUUUGUCUCCUGCCAAUUUUGUGUAUCCACUUUUUAUCCAUGAAGGUCAGGGCGACGCCCCUAUUGGGGCAAUGCCGGGAUGUUAUAGGCUUGGGUGGAGACAUGGACUUGUGGAAGAGGUUGCAAAGGCUCGAGAUGUUGGUGUCAAUAGUAUUGUGCUUUUCCCCAAAGUUCCAGAUGCUUUGAAGAAUCCAACAGGUGAUGAAGCGUACAACGAUAAUGGAUUAGUGCCUCGAACAAUACGGUUGCUCAAAGACAAAUACCCUGAUCUUGUUAUAUACACAGAUGUUGCUUUAGAUCCAUAUUCCUCUGAUGGGCAUGACGGUAUUGUCAGAGAAGAUGGAGUUAUUCUGAAUGAUGAGACAGUACAUCAAUUAUGUAAGCAAGCUGUUUCCCAGGCCCGAGCUGGAGCAGAUGUUGUGAGUCCCAGUGACAUGAUGGAUGGUCGUGUGGGAGCUAUUCGAACUGCUCUUGAUGCUGAAGGUUUUCAGCAUGUUUCUAUCAUGUCUUAUACAGCAAAGUAUGCAAGUUCAUUUUACGGUCCAUUUCGGGAAGCAUUGGACUCGAAUCCACGUUUUGGUGACAAGAAAACUUAUCAGAUGAACCCUGCAAAUUAUAGAGAGGCUAUGGUUGAGGCAAAUGAAGACGAGUCUGAAGGAGCCGAUAUCCUCUUGGUGAAGCCUGCUCUACCAUAUUUAGAUAUCAUAAGAUUACUCCGCGAUAACUCUCCUCUGCCUAUAGCUGCAUAUCAGGUUUCUGGUGAGUAUUCAAUGAUCAAGGCUGGUGGAGUUCUGAAAAUGAUUGACGAAGAAAAGGUUAUGAUGGAAUCGCUCAUGUGUCUCAGAAGGGCCGGUGCUGACGUAAUCCUCACAUAUUUUGCCCUGCAAGCUGCCAGAACUUUAUGCGGUGAGAAGAGGUGAGACUAGUAAUCUAGGAGAUUGUUAAUCGAGGAAAACCAUGGAAGAUUUCUGGAGCUUGCAUUGUAAGUCGUAGAAUGAAGUUCGUUUGUAAAAGAAUGUGAUUGACAGAGAGUUUGUUGUUCAGACAAGAAAUAAGUAAUAGUAGCUUCGAACUUUGGGUGUUUUA